CCGGCCGUGCCGUUCCCGCCGCCGCCGCCGCCGCCAUGGCCUGCCAGCCGCGAACGCCCCCCAGGUACGGCGGCCGCUGCGACGGAGGCGCCAGCCCGCCGUCCCCCGCGAGGUGGAGCCUCGGGCGGAAGCGCAGAGCCGACGGGAGGCGCCGGAGGCCCGAGGACGCCGACGAGGGCGAGCGCCGGGGCGCCGACCGCAGGCCCGAGAGCUUUACUACCCCUGAAGGCCCCAAACCCCACCCUAGAUGCUCGGACUGGGCAGACGCAGUCGAAGAGGAUGAAAUGAGGACCAGAGUCAACAGAGAGAUGGCAAGAUAUAAGAGGAAACUCCUCAUAAACGACUUCGGAAGAGAGAGAAAGUCGUCCUCCGGGAGCUCUGACUCGAAGGAGUCCGUGUCUGCGGUCCCGGCCGACCUGGAAACCGACGAGAGCGUCCUCAUGAGGAGACAGAAGCAGAUCAACUACGGGAAGAACACGAUCGCUUACGACCGCUACGUGAAAGAGGUGCCGAGACACCUGCGGCAGCCUGGCAUUCAUCCCAAGACCCCCAACAAGUUCAAGAAGUACAGCCGACGGUCCUGGGACCAGCAGAUCAGACUCUGGAAGGUGGCGCUGCAUUUUUGGGACCCCCCAGCUGAAGAAGGCUGUGACCUGCAGGAAAUACACCCCGUAGACCUCGGGGACAUGGAGACCGAAUCUGCAGAGAGCAGCUCCGGGUCCCAGACGAGCUCCCAGGCUGACUCUGACACGUACUGCGGCACGCCCACCAAGGUCCGGCACGUGGACUGCCAGCUGGAAGACGAGUUUGAUCUGGAGGCGUGCUUGACGGAGCCCCUGAGAGACUUCUCCGCCAUGAGCUAAGAGCGCCAGCCCGCGCCGCGCGCUCGCCCCGGGACCCUGUGUUUCUAGUUCGCUCCCAUGAGUUGCUCUUCAUUUUCUUAGGCCACAUCCAUUGUGUGUGUAGUGCGUCCUGCAUGGUGGGCUCUGCGGCGGAGCAGGGCCGGGAGGGGGGACCUGGGCAGUCUUGUCUCAAACGGAACUGCUUACUUUCUGCUCCCCCAAGCCGAGCUGGCGAGUGUGGCUUCACCGGUGUCCACGGCUGGUGGCCGCGGCUGCUGCCCGUCGGGCGGGUGGGGGGCAGCGCUGUUGCCGUGCUCACAGGACCAGCCGAUAGCCAGCUGUCCGCCCCGGUAUCUGGCGGUGCAGACGCCGCGGGCAUCUCCUUGGCACCGCGCGUCAGCGAGUCCGGCGACCAGGCCUGAGGGGCGGGUCUCUGAGCUGCAGUCUUAGCUUGGUACUGGUACACAGUGCUCGGGUACUGGUACUAAAGUUGCUGUAAAUGAUAAUGUGUACAGGUUUUCUGUUCAGAUACUCAGUUGUAAACUUGCUGUUCAGAUGUUAUGUUUCUGUUGCUUUUGUAUGGAAUGAUAUUGCAGAAAUAAAAGAGCCUUCGUUGCCUCGCUGGUGCCGCGCCUUGUCGGAGCACC